AUGGCUCAGAGAAAGAAGAAGCUGACGAAGAAGAAGAGGCACCCAGCUAACAGGGAGCAGGAGGCUGACUCUGACAACGGGGACUUUGAGCUGGCUGCUGAAAUUAAAGACGAUGAUUCUCCAGGGAGGAAACUGCCACGCUUCCCCGUGGCAUCAGAUUGCACGUCGGACGUGGAGCCCGACACCAGGGAGCUCGUCCGAGCCCAGAACAAGAAGAAGAAGAAGUCCGGGGGGUUUCAGUCCAUGGGUCUCAGCUUCCCAGUUUAUAAGGGCGUCAUGAAGAAGGGUUACAAAGUCCCUACUCCCAUUCAGAGGAAGACCAUUCCUGUGAUUCUGGACGGGAAGGACGUAGUAGCCAUGGCGAGGACAGGCAGCGGGAAGACAGCCGCGUUCCUGGUGCCCAUGUUUGAGAAACUGAAGGCCCCUCAGGCCAAAACGGGAGCCAGGGCUCUCAUCCUGACCCCCACCAGAGAAUUGGCCCUCCAGACCAUGAAGUUCACAAAAGAGUUGGGUAAAUUCACACGCCUGAAGACUGCUUUAAUUCUUGGUGGAGACAGCAUGGAGGAUCAGUUCGCCGCUCUUCAUGAAAACCCAGACAUAAUUAUCGGCACCCCUGGCCGUCUCAUGCAUGUCAUCACGGACAUGAACCUGAAGCUGCACAGCGUGGAGUAUGUGGUGUUUGAUGAGGCCGACAGGUUGUUUGAAAUGGGUUUUGCCGAGCAGCUUCAGGAAAUCAUCCGCAGGCUUCCAGACACCAGGCAGACCCUCCUGUUCUCUGCCACUCUGCCUAAACUGUUGGUGGAGUUCGCCCGAGCCGGGCUGACGGAACCUGUGCUGAUUCGCCUGGACGUUGAUUCAAAGCUCAGCGACCAGAUUAAGCUGUCGUUCUUCCACCUGCGCGUGGACGACAAGCCAGCGCUGCUGCUGCACCUCCUGAGGAACGUGGCGAAGCCUCAGGAGCAGACGGUGGUUUUUGCUGCCACCAAGCAUCAUGUGGAGUACCUGAAGGAGCUGUUGUCUUCAGAAGGCAUAGAGUGCGCCUACAUCUACAGCGCCCUCGAUCAGACUGCCAGGAAGAUCAACAUCGGGAAGUUUGUGCACAGGAAGGCCAUGGUGCUUCUCGUCACCGACGUUGCAGCUCGUGGUAUAGACAUCCCCCUGCUGGACAACGUCAUCAAUUACAACUUCCCUUCCAAAGCUAAACUCUUCCUGCACAGAGUCGGCCGUGUGGGGCGUGCAGGUCGCAGUGGUACAGCGUACAGCAUGAUAUGUCCAGAUGAGAUGCCUUACGUCUAUGAUCUUCACCUCUUUCUUGGAAGGCCUGUUCAGUUUGCUACAGCUGGCCAGACGCAGGAUUCAGACGGCCUGUUUGGAAGAGUUCCUCAGAUUAUCUUGGACGAUGAAGGCUCCCACCUGAUCACCGCUCACGAAAACUCCCUGGACCUGCAGAACCUGCACCGCGUGUCCGAGAACGCGUACAAGCAGUACCUGAAGUCCAGACCGAACCCCUCUCCUGAGUCGAUCAGACGGGUGAAAAGCACCGACGUGUCCAGCAUGGCCGUCCACCCGUUACUCGGUUCUGGUUUGGAGAAAAACGAGCUGGAACGCCUUCAACUGGUUGACGCAAUCAAGAGCUACAAGUCCAAAUCUACUAUUUUUGAAAUUAACUCCAACAGCAAGACGCCUGCAAGUGAGGUGAUGCGGAAGAAACGCUCAAAGGACAAGCAGGUGGUGGAGAAGUUCAAGAAGCACAGAGAGGGCAUGGCAUCGAAAGGCAGGCAGCAGCUUCCUGUCAUCCCCCGGGAUGCUGCUGGAGACGGCGCCGAGGCUCAGGGAAAUGGAAAAGAGGACGCCGAUCUGCAGGGGGUGUUCUCAGAAGUGGUCGGUGUCAAGAGAAAGAACCUGCAGGAAGAUGGAGAAGGUCUGCAGAGCAAGAAGAGCAGGGAAACGGGCAAAGACGAAGAGUAUUACAUCCCCUACAGACCUAAGGACUUCAACUCUGAAAGAGGAUUAAGCCUCGGUGAAGACGGCACUCACUUUGAACAGCAAGCCUCCUCGGCCGUCCUCGACCUCAUGGGAGACGAGGGCGACCGUUUAAAGCAGCACCAGAAGAUUAUGAGAUGGGACCGAAAGAGGAAGCGUUUUGUGAGAGAGUCAGGAAAGGAGGAGCAAAACAAGAAGAUCAGAACCGAGAGCGGACAAAUUGUGAACAACAAGAAAAGGAAAAACUUUUAUGAGGAAUGGAAGAAGAAAUACAAAGUGGAUGAUGCAGGAUCUGGUUCGGAUGGAGAAAGAGGUGGAAGAAAGAGACCGGCAAGAGGCCGUGGCCACCGUGGCCCCAGCUCCCACAGCCCCGCGACACCUCAGGUGACGGCCGGCGGCCGCAGGAUCCGCUCGGAGCUGAAGACGAGCUCGCAGAUCCUGAAGCAGCGCAAGAUACAGCACAAGCAGCAGUUCCUGCAGGGCGGCGGGAUGAAGAAAGUCCGCGGCAGGAACAAACAGUGGCUCGGAGAGGUGAAGAAGUCGGGCUUCGGUCGUGGCGGCCAGAAGAAGGGCAAGAUGAGGAAGAGACUGUGA